AUGUAUGCGGAAACGAGCAACCAUACUCUCUUUGAAUGCCCACAAGCACUGCAGGUUUGGGCUUUAUCUCCGAUUCCAACACCAGCUCAUAGGUUCCCUUCGGACGCGUUAUUUACAAAUAUGGUCUGUCUUUUCUGGAACUUACCGAAUAACGAUCAGAUGGAGAUGUUUCCCUGGUACAUUUGGAAAGCUAGGAACGAGAAAAUGUUUUCAAAUGAAGAUAGUGAUCCCCACGAACUUAUCAGAUCAGCAGAAGUCGAGGCUACUGCUUGCCGUUUAGCUCAUGUACGCCAGUACGCCAGGAAAGGGAUGAAUCUAGUAGCAUGGGGAUGGGGGAGCCACAUACACAAAUGA